UUUUGGCUCAUAUGGGCAGCCUGAGUGUGCGUGUAUGCGUGUGUCUCGGGGCAGAGCAGACCCCGCCCCUUUAUGCUAAUUAAUGCCUCCCAUUGGUGUGUCAGGGGAGCAGGCCGCCUCUGAUUGGCCAGGUCGAAGCCAUUUAUUCGCUGACAGCCCCGUCACAUGAAUGGUUGUCUAUUAACUUGUUCAAAAACUAUCUGGAGUUGUCAAGGCUCAGGCGGACAGAGGCGAAAAAGUACAGUUUGUUGAUGCUUUUUCGGAGAAGCGACGGGAGAAGUUUUGUGGACACAACAUAGCAGGGACCUAUUGGGAGAAGGCUCUUUGUCACACACACUCACACACACACGCUCUGACACACACUCACCGAGAAGGGAGAGAGAGAGAGAGUGAGAGUGUGUGGAGACGCGGCUUGGUGCUUGUUUUUGUCCAGAGAAAAAAGUUGCAGAGAAAAAUUGCCAGGUAACUUUUAGCAGCAGCCCUGCGCUCCUCACUGUCCUGCCUCUGGCUUGUGGAGUUUGUCUCUGUGGCUUUUCUUUUUUCCUCUGCUCGGGAGCUCCAACUAAAAGCUGUUCCUGAUGUAUAACAUGAUGGAGACUGAACUGAAGCCCCCAGCUCCCCAGACCAACACGGGGGGCUCGGGCAACACCAACACGUCCGGCACCGGCCCCAACCAGAAAAACAGUCCGGAGCGGGUCAAGAGACCCAUGAACGCGUUCAUGGUGUGGUCCCGGGGCCAGAGGAGGAAGAUGGCGCAAGAAAAUCCCAAAAUGCACAACUCGGAGAUAAGCAAGAGACUGGGCGCUGAGUGGAAACUUCUGUCGGAAAGCGAGAAGAGACCUUUCAUCGACGAAGCCAAGAGGCUGCGGGCCCUGCACAUGAAGGAGCAUCCGGAUUACAAAUACCGGCCCCGGCGGAAAACCAAGACCCUCAUGAAGAAGGACAAGUACACCUUGCCCGGUGGGCUGCUGGCUCCGGGAGGAAACGGGAUGGGAGCUGGGGUCGGUGUAGGGGUGGGCAGCGGGCUGGGCGGUGGGGUGAACCAGCGGAUGGACAGCUAUGCGGCGCACAUGAACGGCUGGACCAACGGUGGCUACGGCAUGAUGCAGGACCAGCUGAGCUACCAGCACCCGGGGCUGAACGCCCACAACCCGAGCCAGAUGCAGUCCAUGCACCGCUAUGACAUGAGCGCCCUGCAGUACAACACCAUGACCAGCUCCCAGAGCUACAUGAACGGCUCCCCGACUUACUCCAUGUCCUAUUCCCAGCAAACCACGCCGGGGAUGACCGCGCUGGGCUCCAUGGGGCCCUCCUCGGUGGUGAAGUCCGAGUCCAGCAGCUCCAGCCCGCCCGUCGUCACCUCGUCGUCCCACCGGGCCGCCCCGGGCUGCCAAAGCGGAGAUCUGAGGGACAUGAUCAGCAUGUACCUGCCCGGGGCGGAGGUCAGCGAGCAGAGCGCCCAGACCAGGCUACACAUGUCCGGGCACUACCAGAGCGCCGUGCCCGGGACGACGAUCAACGGCACGCUGCCGUUAACACACAUGUAAGAGACACACAGCAGAGAGAGAGAAAAAAUGAACUUUUAUAAGAGAAACUGUGGACUAUUAACGUUGGACUAUUUUUGUACAGAAAAAUUUCGGGGUGGGAAAAGUUGUAUAGAAGUCUCCAGGAAAAGGACACACGACUCUUUUUUUCUUUCAUUUUAUUCUAAGGAAGCUCUAGAGGAACGGUAGGAGAUCCCCUCUUCACUGGUGGAUGAAGUUUGGAAGACUAGAAAGUGGGAGUCGCAAUCAAAUGUUUUAUUAUUGCAAUCACCUUUUGUACAGUAUUUAUCAAAGAAACAUUACAAUCAGAUGAAAUUGUUUGUUAAACUGCAAGAGGUUGCAUUUUUCUUUUCUUUUGUUUUUAUAUAUAAAGCAAUGCCAGUUCUGCAGAAAAUAUUAAAAGUGAAAAUGGCAGAACUGGAAUUAUAUGGGAGCGAUCAGUUAUGCUCCUUUAUUACUGCAAACUUUGGAAAGAAAAGGGACAUAAAAACGAAGCAGGUAAUGCUUUUUUUUUCAUUUAAGGUCAAUAUUACUAAACAUUUUAAUUUCUUUAAAAAAAAAGAUAAGACACUUUUUUUCUCUCAUACAGCUUAAAAUAUAGGUUGUUAAUUUAUAUUUCCGUCUCCCACUUUUCAUCUGUUAGAGGUAUGACGCUUGUGCUCUUUAUUUUCUAAUUGAUUUGUACAAUUUCUGUAUAUUUACUGUGAUAUUUUAAGUUUUUAUUUCAAAAAAAUUCAUUCCCGUAGUUGUAUUUUAAAAAUUGUGGCCUGUACGCAGAAGCCAACCACUCCAUGUAUAUAUAUACCGGAACUAAUACCAUCCUUAUAACAGUUACAAUUUCAGCUGAGUAUAUUUUUUUUCAAUAUGCAGUUUGAAAUGAAUAAAUUUUGGAAAUUUGGAUACUUGAAAUUGUUUGAGUUUUGAUUUUUAUUUUCCUCAGUCAUUUUUAUUUUUAAUAUGUGCAGGUUGAAUUGUCACCCGCCUGUGGAGCCUUUCUGUUUUCUGAU